AAGGGGCGUGAGAACAUCACUAGCUUGGCUCAGUGGAGUUUUUGUUCGGGAAUGACCGCGUGUGUUUGCAGUGUAAACAGCACGUUAGCGAGAAAUCUCAUUGAAUGUUCGUUCUAUUGGGAAUCUAUAUGUCUACCAAGAUGAAAUAAAUUAGUGCACCAUUUGGAUUAAGCACUUGUACAACAUGAUGAGCAUGUGCCGUUGGUGCACGUCAUUGGGUGACGAUGUUGCAAAACUGCUCCAGAGGUACUGUGCUGGGUCUUGGUUAACAGAGGAUGAGGAGGCAGUCAACGAGGAGAAGGCACUCAACGAUGACCUCGAUAAGUGCCUGGAGUGUGUGGUAGCGUACCAUCGGGCGAAGGAGGAGUUGCCUGGGCUGCACCGGAGGCUAUGGGAGUUGGAGACGUCCAGGCUCCUGAACUUGUUUUCUCAUGCAGCAAAAGACGCACAGCCGGCUCAGGACCUCAGCUAUGUAGAAGAGGACGGCCGGGAAAUCGGAGUGUCCAACAUCAGCCCCGCAGUGUACGAGGACCGUCUUGGAGUUCCCCUGUCAGAGGUCCUCAAAUACCCCUACCUACUGGCAUCCCCUGAAUUGAGUGAAAUGUGUGUUGAGGCAAUUUGUAAGAUGGAGGAAUAUAACUCCUUCCGGGUGUGUUCUAAAGAUCCAGGGAUCUACCUCCUCCUCGUCCACCCCAACGAGACGGUUAGGCGGUGGGCAAUUGGUGCUGCAAGGUCUUUAGGGAAGGUGGACCGAGACGACUUUUAUGACCUUCAGGACAUCUUCACCUGCAUGUUCUACAUUGUCGAGCUGAGAAUCCCCCAGAACUUCCCAGACAUGGAUACCUCCUAUGAUCCGACAACUAAGAUGACCUUGCUGCAACCGCAUCUUUACGAUUCCAAAAAUGCCAAAAACUACUGGUUGGGUAUCUGUAUGCUUCUGACACAGCUGGAUGCCCAGGCUAUGGACUCCCUGUUCCUGGGGCCAGAAAAACAGGCCAACAUACUGCUCUGUAUCCUUAAUUCCUUGAAGGAUGAAGAACCAUCCAACGAGAUGGAUCCCUUCUGGCCAGUCUUGCAAUGUUUUAUGGUGAUCUUGGAUUGUUUGGGCUCCAGGUUUUGGGGUCAGAUUGAGCCAUCCCAAGCCUUCCAGGCCAUCACACAAAGCCCUAGCUACUCUGCAGAGCUCGAGAGCAUCAGACAACAAACCAUGAUAUCACGUGUUAAAACGGAAACUACAUAUGAUGAUGACAUGGUGACCUGCAGUCAGAUGGUAUAUGACAGUAACACCAAAGUGAGCAAGGGAAGCAAACGCUCACGUGGUGUGGAUAGCAAUGUGGUCUAUGAGGAUAUGAGUUCUUUGGUCAACCUCCUGCAUUCAGAAGUGGGACAGGCAUUGCGUGUGCACGACAGCACAUUUCUCUGGUUCAUCCCCUUUGUGAAAUCUGUUAUGGACCUUGACGAACACAGCGUCCUAUACAUUACUGAGGUUGUCCACUACCUAUGUGGGGAGAUCAGCACAGACCUCCCGAAGCCCCAGGUUCGCAUAUGUGACAAGGUCACAGAGUUCUUCACUCUUAUUCUGGUCCAUAUCAUCGAAUUGCACCUGGGGAUUGGCCGCAUGAAUAUGCUCUAUUACUGCGCUCCCAAGUGGGUGGGCGUGUUGGUGAAAUGUGCCACCCUGCCUGGUGACGCUUUCGUCCAUACCUCGGAAGGUCCAGUUUCUCACUCGGUGUCUUCCACAUCCUCCUUGAGGGUCAGUGUGCCCCGAAAGGCCUCUACUAGCAGGGCUGUUCCACAGGCAUGCAUGCAUAUCAUCCGGUCCCUGCUGAAGGAAGGGACCAGGCUGAACCCCAACAGCAAGUGCCACCACUUCCUGAACCAUCUGAACAAGCACCUCAGAGAAGGGCAACAGAGGGAUUGGAAGCUGAUUAGGCCGGAGAUUCAAGAGCUUCAGAUCUGUCUGAAGGACUAUGUCAAGAUGAUGAUGAACAGGCCAACCAUAAGUACUUCUCCACCUGAACCGCUGGCCAUUGAGGCAGGGCCUGUGGCACCAACCACACCACCACUUCAGUCAAGCAAGGACCCCUCGGGACCUAGCAGCUUAGCUGAAUUCAACCCUCCUAUAAAACGGGAAGGGUUGUGGGAUGAUGUCGAAGGCAGUACAUCUGGUGGUGGGGAUUCUAAAGGAGUUCAGAGGGGGGACAUAGACCUAGCGUUGCUGAAAAAGGAGCCCCUAAACCCCGACGAGGAGUUUGUCGAGCCGACUAAUGAUUCUAGACCAACCCAAGACAACUUAACUUCCUUGAGGGCAGAUCCAGAGAAAAUACAGGUGAUCAAAUCCAGACUCGGCCAGCUUAUGACCAAGAAAUCCAAGUCUGAGAGAGCAAGGCCCUCUGUAGGGCUCAGUGAAUUCGGUAAAGAGAAACCUGAAAAUCUGUUGACCAGCCGUAGAGAGGAGGCAUCCAACCUCCACGGCAUUAGCAGACACCCUCCAUGCCUCCAAGAAUCCAUGGACAAUGUGCCCCUCUCUGUUUUAAAAAGUAAUCUUCAAGGAAAAGAAGGCUCCAAAUCCUCACGAGAUCGGAGUAAAGGAAACUCGAGACAAUUUGACCGACCACAAUCCCCACCAAAGUUAACUUCAGAUGUAAUUGUUAUAUCUGAUGAUGAGGCUACAUUAGAUGUUGGUAGAGCAAGAAGGACUGAGUGUUUUUCUGAGACCUCCCAAAUAAAAAAUGAACCAGAUGCCUCUGACCAGAAUCCUAGUCCUUGUCGUGAUUACAAUGGAGACAUGAGUGAAUCUCAGGUGUUUGAAUUUGAAACACAGGAAGAUAUGGCCUCUGCCUGGUCCAAUAGAGAUUCGGAAAGUAACAUGCCACCCGAAAAUCCCAAAGAAGAUAGCCCUGUCAGUCCAACUACAAGAGAGACUUUAUCAAGCUGGGAAUGUGAUACACAACCGAUCUAUGACGAGGAUAUCCAAAGAGCCUGUCAGCAGGUUGAGAAGGAGCUUGAGAAGCCUAAGACCCUACCUCAAGGACUCAAACGGGCCACUGUUGUCAAAAAAAGAAAUCUUCUUGUUGAUGCAAAACCAUUGGCCUCCAAGUGCCUGAGCAAGAAACCUACCGUGGUCGAAAAACAAAUCAAAGAGCCUGUGAAGGAUGCUCCCCAUGCAGUUACACCACCAUUGAGAAAAAGCAGUUCAACGGUACGUUCAAAGAGACUGGAACCUGAGACACACUCUUCCUUAACCACAUCAGCCAUCUCACACAAAACGUCAUUAACUCCAGCCAUUGUCCCUCCUAAAAGAGUCAGAAAAGCCACAGAGCCUGUGUCCACAGUUGAGAAGCUUGGCCUUAAGAAGAAGGUGCGAAAGGCCUUUGAUCUCUCCCAGGGAUCACGUGAUUCUGUUGGUGAUCUGAGGCACCACGGCGCUACCGUCAAUGUCCCACAGGCCAAGAAGCCUACCCGACAGACCAAGAGGUCGAAGGUGACCUUCCCUCAGAAGAGAGUGGUCAAAGGGAGUAACAAUAAGCUGUUCCAGUUCUUCAGGCAGAGCAAGCAGGCAUUGGGAGCCGGAAUUUCUGCAAAGGCAGAGCCAAUGAAGAGAAAUCCGAAAAAGAUUGAUGAAAUUCAAACUCCCCGUUUUGUUACAGAGGAGGACGAUGAAGACGAGGACUUGCAGUGUUCCCAGCUCGAACCUGCCCGUCAUGAACAGCUGACGGUCAAUCACAGCUCUCAAAGAGCCAAUGAGAACAAACCAGCAUCCUCCAAUACAGUGAGUAGUGUGUUGUCCAACAUGGACAGGCAGAUCUCUCCAUACUUUCAAAGGAAUGAUGAUGUCACACCUGGACCUUCUGGUCAAGUCCCCAAAAGCAAUGGAGGUGAAGAUUUUGAUGCAGACUGGAUGUACCUCACACAAAUGGAGCCAACUGAAAUGGAGAUGUGCUCGCAGAUGGAGGAGGAAGACGAGUUCUUCUACACACAGCGGGACCCUAUAGACAUGGACAUUGACGCAGACAGCCAGAUACCCUUUGAGGAAAAAGGAGGGUCUUCAGACUGCACAUGGCCUAAACAGGCAGACGAAGGGCAAGGGGCUCCACUUGCCGCACAGACUUUUAAGAAACCGGCUACUCCGCCACCCUCGCGCUCUAGCUUGACUAAGGAUGAUGAUCGCUUGUUCCUGAAACCAGGAAUGUCCCCUAUGUCGGUUAAAAAGGCCAAGCCGUCCACGACUAAGAUCUACGCAACCUCAAGCUCCAGGAGUGCCUCCUUGGUGCAAGAGAUGGAGAGGACCGCCAAUGCUCCAUUUUCAGCUUCUUCUGCCCCUGCUGGAAGAGGUAGGCCUGCCCGGCCAGUUGUGCCUGCACAAAGACACUGCGUACCACAACCUCAUCUAGAGGUUGGUCAGUCUCUUCCUCUGAAUCAACUCUUAUACAAGCCCAUCACACCACAACUACCACCAAAACAACCACCAUCCAGACCUGAACAAAAGCUCCCCCGUGCACCUGACCAGCCCCUCCGCCCAAUCCUGCAAAGCAACAUAGGUUCCACCCUCCAGCCCUCCACCUCCAAGACCUACACCAGGCCCGACGCCCCUUUCCGAAGUCAGAUGCCCAACCCAGAGGUUGGCUUCAGAUUUGAUACCAACUACCUCAUUCAACACAUCCUGAAAUGGACCUUUGAUAUGUUCAGUAACUACAAGCAGUUUGGUAUACCCUCUGAGGUAUGUGAGUUACCGCUGAAAAAAGUAGGCUUCAGCUUCAGCUCUUAUGAUGAAUACUACAAGACCUUUUACCCCCUGCUUCUCACCAACACUUUUGAGGAGCUUGCAGGUGAAUGGCUAAAGAACAAGGAAUCAGGGAAGGUGAUAACUCAGAAUUUAAAAGUUGUCGCAAAUGAGUACAGCCACAGUGUUUGGAAUGUCAGUUUUACAGCGAGCAUUACUGCCAGUGAUGACUCCCGUCAGAUGUACCCUAGGGAGGAGGAUCUGGUCAUUCUGUGGCUGCCCCAGAAUAGAGGUGCUUACUCAUGGCAUGAGCAGGGCUUCUUGGAUCCCCAAGAACAAUUUGGCUAUGUGCAGAGAUCCAAUGUCUGCAACGGAGGCGUGGGCCAGUGCCCAACUCUGAACCUGAUGAUAAAGACCCUGGGCAAUGUGACGUUGGCGAACAAGCAGGCAGUGCGCUGUGAUGUGGUGGGCUCCCUGGUCAGCACCUUGAGGGAGUUCAAGGCAAUCUGUCUGCUCAAUGGCAGCUCUAUGCUCAAGCCCCUCCUGGCCCCACAGGUCUCCUACUUCCAACCUGGCCCGGAGGUCAUCCCCAGCCUCAACCUGCCUGAUUACAACCUAGACCAGGUGAGGGCGGUGAGAACCGGUUUGUCCGUCAUCAGGAACCAGCAACUAUCCCCAAAAAUCUGCCUGAUACACGGACCCCCAGGAACGGGAAAGAGCAAAACCAUCGUGGGCCUGCUGCAAAAGCUGUUCUCUGAGGGAGUACAGAGCAUGGCUCCUCCAGUGAACAGGCAAUCUAAACCCCGCCGCAUGAGGGUCCUCCUGUGUGCCCCGUCAAACGCCGCCAUCGACAACCUGAUGAAGAAGAUUAUCCUGGUCUUCAAGGAGAAGUGCAAGAACAUCCAGGGUAACUGUGGGGACAUCAAUCUGGUGAGGCUUGGGAACGAAAGGACCAUCUCCAAGAAUUUAAAACCUUUUAGCCUGGACAGUCAGGUGAAAAACAAAACACAAAAGGCACUGAUGUCACAGGACUCAGACAUCCACCGGCGCGGAACGCAGCUGGACGAGAGCAUAGACAAGAUCUCCAAGAUGUUGCCCAAACUGCAAAAGAAAGAGGAAAUGUACCAUAAGCUGGCAGCGCAGAAGUCCAGACUGCUUCAAGAGAGACAGACACUCAGCUCCCAACUCAAACAAUCUCGCAGUAGGAAGCAGGAGACCCAGGCCCAGGUACUGCAGGAUGCCCAUGUGGUCUGCUGCACCUUGAGCACCAGCGGCAGCACCGUCCUGGAGUCGGCGUUCCGGCGCCUGGGACACAAGCCCUUUAGCUGCGUCAUUGUGGACGAGGCAGGGCAGGCCACCGAGACGGAGACUCUCAUCCCUAUGCUCUACCAGUGUAACGCCCUCAUCCUGGUGGGAGACCCCCAUCAGCUGCCCCCUACGGUUAUCUCCCAGAAAGCGAAGGAGUUGAAGUACGGCCAGUCCUUGAUGGCUCGGCUGGUGAAUAACCUGGAUCACUACUGUAAGGAGAACAAGAAGCCCAGCCCUGUGGUCUUCCUUAGCUGCCAGUACCGCAUGCACCCCGAAAUCUGCGAGUUCCCCUCCAAGCACAUCUACCGCAAGGCCCUUAAAACUGACAGUGAAACUGCAGAGAGGAGGGGGAACUUUGGCUGGCCUCUCCAGCCCUACCGUGUGUUUGACGUGACCGACGGUCAGGAGGUCAAGGAGGGAGCGUCGUUCAGCAACCUGAAAGAGGUGCAGCUAGUCGUGUUCCUGCUGAGGCUGAUAGCUGAGAAGCAUCAGGUCAAGGUGGGGGUCAUCACGCCCUACAAUGCCCAGAAGGACCGCAUCAGCCGCGAGUUGGCCAAGGUGGUCAACAAGAACCUCACGGUGGACGUUGACACUGUGGAAGGCUUCCAGGGCCGAGAGAUGGACUGUGUCAUUGUCUCCUGCGUCAGGGCGAGCCACGAGCAGGGUGGCAUCGGAUUCCUGGGGAAUCGCCAGAGGUUGAAUGUGACCAUCACCCGGGCCAAGUUUAGCCUGUUCAUUCUGGGCCAUCUACGGACACUCCAGGAAAACCAAGACUGGGGCGCGCUCAUCAAGGAUGCCGCUACACGAGACGUCAUUAUAUCAACGAAUGAGAUGACCUUCAAGACCGACGCCAGGAAGAUCUUCAAGCAGGAGCUGACCAGGAGCUUGUCUUACCCCCUCGGAGAACCAGGCCCUCCCCCUGCUGCCCCCUGUCCCACCGCUGAUCCCCCCAGGCCUGCUCCCUUCCAGCUACGCCGCUCUUCUGAGCCAGCCCUGUUCGCCCAGGGCAGGGACUCCCCCCAGCAGCCCAGCUCGGCAUCCCCUCCCCAUGACGCUGACAGGCCCAGAGACCCCCGUCUGGUAGUCCAGGCCCCCCAGCAUAGAGCAGACUGGAAUCUACAUGCUGAAGGAAUCAGGGACCCACGAGCGGAGGGCUACAGAGACUCCCGGGUGGAAAACCUGAGAGAUCUGCGAGCUGAGAGGGAUCCACGAGGACGCAACAGCCCAGAUCAGCGUCACUCAACUGGGUACCAAAACCAGAGAUGGGCUGUCAGGGAGAGGGACAGAGAGCAACACCGUUCACCAAUCACCGCGCCCUACCCAGGUGAUGGAGUACACAGACCACCGAGGGACCCCAGACAGAGAGACUGUAAUCGCUACAGUGCUACAACCUCCUUCAACCACCACACACACACUCACCCCCAGAAACGAGACCCAGACCCCCGAUGGAUCCCUCCCACCCACUCCAAGAGGGGGAAAGAGAGGACUGACCACUGACUCUGUUUGGUUUGUUUUUUAUUGGUGUACUUUCUGAUAAGUUCAGGGAAAGGGAACGACAGUGGAAGGACAAGAGAUUACGCGGAAUAGUUUGGUUGUCGAACAGUCAGUCAAAAACAUCACUGUUCACCAUCUCAAGCAGUAAUAUGAUACUGUUGUAUCAUUUACAAGUCAAUUUUAUUUCUGUAAUAAAUCUAAUCGUUUUUGUAAUAAGCUGUUUAAUGACUGAUAUGGCUUGAGUAUGUGGGUUGGCCACUGGCCUCUCUGUAUUAAACUGCCCUUUGUUUGGACAAUGGGGGCGGAGCCUUUUGUGAAAGGGCCCUUGUAUUAUAACACUGGUGUGUUUCCAGUUUAUUACUGAGAGAUGUAACCAGGGUAAUGCACUGCACUGUGCCUGUGACUUUUAUUCAUUUUCUUUUUUGGUUCACAAUUUUAUCAUUUCCUAAUCUCAUUUCCUUACGCGCUCUGCAUGUCUAUAGAAAUGUUCUGCGCUUCAUAAAAGCGCUAAGACUAAUGUCUCUGGUGCUCAAUGUUUGAUACCUGGUUAUUUAUUAGUAGUAUAGCCCACUUAACAGAAUGGCUGUUACCUUCACAUUGAAAGUACACACUAUUUCCACUUAAAGUAUAUAUUAAGUGCAAAAGUAUAUCUCGUCAGCCAUAGUUAUUUGACUAUAGGCAAUUAUUUUAGUUGUAUUUUGCUUUUAAAGUGUCGUCCUUGUUUAGCACCAGGAUGCUGGUUAACUGAGGCAAAUAAGAUUACAUUUUGUGAUUGGAAUUGGCCUGGUUGUGUUACAUUAAGCAUCUUUAUAGAAUUUGUUACAUGGACCCAUACAUAGUCUAAGUGGACUCUGGAGAAUGUGGGGCAGAUGGAUUUCUAAAUAGGGAGACAUGUUGUACAGUAGUUCAAUGCCAUUUUAUGCCCCAGAGAAGCUUUGACAUCUCUGGUCACUUUCUUCUGCUGGUUUGUCUGUAUGGUAUUGGAUGCACUUUUAUUUGUUGUUGUAUCACACUGUGCAUUUACACAAGCUUGUUUUUACACACACAGAAAACUCUCUACCAACAAAACGUAUUUUAGGUUACCUUUCUUAUCGACAGAGACAAGGUUAUAUGAAGGUAUUAUUCACCGCUGUUGGACUUCAGGCCAGCUGCCUCCUCGACUGUUGCAACCAAAGUACAGGCUUCCAGUGCCUCUCAGCAACUGCAGUGAAGUAUACAUGGCUUUUAUUUCUUCUGCGUUUCACCUGUCACGAUACUGUCCAGUGUUUAGAAGGUAAAGCUUCAAAUAAUUUCUUCAAGUCAUUUCAAUGCAAUAUAGUUUCUGGGAGAAAUAUUGGCCUUGUUUAUCCAAGACCUGUGCCCCAAAGGAUCCACAGUGCCAGUUUAACCCAGAUCAAGUAUGUACAUCUUAAGUUGGUAAAUGAAUCAUUUAUUUGAAAUUGAACAGUUUACAUUUAAUUUUAAUCUGCAAAAUUAUUGCUUUUAUUUGUUUGCAAUUGGUACUUGCCGAUGUUCACCUGGGGCGUGUUCAGCAGGACUCAUUGUUUUGGAACGUGCAAAUAGGAAUAUGCUAUGUAGAACAAACAUGCUCCUCUGACAUGUAGAAUAAGGAAUCGUGUCGGCUCUAUUUGUGGAAUUUCUAUCUUCAACUUUCGAGAACGUUUUCGUACUGUACAUGGCCUUCGUAUAUUAUUGUUCACCAAACCAAUCAGCUGUUUCCAUCUCUGUAAAGUGUUAGGGAAACUAAAUUGACCAUGGUCAACAUUGUAUGCUUUGUUUUUCUGAACCACUGCUAAAAUAGUGGGCAAAUAAAAAGGUGCAUUUUG